AUGGAACCGGCACCACCAUCCUUGAAACCGAAUAUAAAGAAUUUACCGUCAAAGUCUAAAUUCUAUGAUAAAUGUAGUAAUCCAAAAAACGGAUGUGUAAGUUAUAGUGAACGGCCCGAAGGUUGGGAUAAUAUAUUAAAUGGUCCACUAAAUAGGUACGAAGGCCUUAAGACUUCUGGGAGCAUGUUCAUGAAUGCUUAUUGUUAUGCAUGCACAUUGAAAAAGGGGAACCCAUCCGAUAAUGCACCUUGCUACCUUUUCUAUUAUUGGCUGGGAGAUAAAUUCCUCCAGAACCCAGAUUGCAAGGAUUUGGAGGACCUCCUGAAUAAAAUUUACGGUACUCUAAAUAGUGUGCUCACUGAAAGUAAGUGUACAAUUAAAUACAAAGAUGUAUCCUGGGAUGUUUUCAAAGAGAGGAAAACAAUAUUCGAAUUCUGGUAUAACCAAAAUGAUUUACGGGAAUUACUGAAGGAUGGGGUGUCCAAAUGUAAGAGUGAACAUAAGGAACACAUAGAAAAUGCUUUUUCAGCUUAUUUUGCUGUAAGUGCACACUGUACAGCCACUCCCAAUAAUGAUUACUGUAAACAAUUUUGGGAACCGGAGAAAGCAGGAAUUCUGGCGAAACUGCUAAAAUUACAAUGUGAAUCGGACACUAAACUACAAAUAGAAAAAGAAGCAAAUGAGACAUGUUCCCAACAAAAGGAUCAACUAAGAAGAGAAAAGGACCAUGCAACACAAGCAGCAUCCACCGCAAUGGACGAAGCGGUCCGUGCAGCUAAAACAACGUCCUCCCUUUCUUCCAUUUUCGGUACAUUAACAGCAACAGCUAUACCUGUCCUCUUAUAUAAAUAUAAACCAUGGUCUUCUUGGUUUAGUAAGCACACUUCUGGAAAUGGAGCAAGGAGCAACAGAAGAAGGAGAAGAUCUGCCACGGGCAAUAUUGAUGCAUUCACAGAAAGUACCUCAACAUAUGAUUCGACGGACACGUCCACAAUAGAUGGAACAGUACGCUCUGCUGCUGAAUACACAAGACCGUCUACCGGGGGAGGGAGAACAAGGCCGUCUACCAGAGAAAAGGAAAGAGAAGCAAAUAAUAGUACGUCGGGUCACCAGAACAAUAUAAGUUACGGUCAGAUGUAA